AUGUCGGGUUCCAAAAUUACCUGUUACUUCGACAUCGUCAGCCCCUUCGCAUACAUUGCGUUUCAUGUGCUUCAACAUUCACCCGCCUUUGCGAAAUGUGAAAUCACGUAUGUUCCGGUUCUCCUCGGAGGUUUGAUGAAUGCGUGUGGCAACAAUCCUCCCAUCAACAUCAAGAAUAAGAAAGACUACAUAGGCCAGCAGCGAGUGCGAUGGGCCAAAUACUUCUCAGUCCCGACCACGGAGGGAUUCCCUAAAGGUUUCCCAUUCCGCACACUAUCCGUGCAACGUGCACUGUGUGCCAUCUCCCAGAAAACACCAGAGAAACUCGCUCCGGUGAUUGGGGCGCUAUUCCACGCGGUCUGGGUUGAAGGCAACACAACCAUUGGGGAACCUGAUGGCUUUGUCCCGGUGCUCGAGAGUGUGCUUGGGAAGCAAGAGACGCAUGAGAUUAUGUCUGCUAUGAACGGUUCGGACAUCACGGCCCUUCUGACCACGAAUACGACUCGUUCCUUUGACUCGGGUGCUUUCGGGCUACCAUGGUUUGAGUGCACGAACUCCAAGGGUGAGACUGAGGGCUUCUGGGGCGUUGAUCAUUUGGGCCAAGUGGCUGACUUCCUGGGUUUGGAUCGCGCGCUCGAUAGAGGAUUCAGGGCAGCUCUGUAG